CCCUCUUGCGGACCUCUACCUCGCGGCCGGCAAGAAGUGGGACUCGGAGUCCGGAGCCGGGGGCGAGGACAACCCCUACUGCCGCCCGGAGGUGCUGGACCCGCCGCUGACGGAGGUGGGCCGCGGCCAGGCGCGCCAGCUGCAGGCCGCGGCGCAGGGCCUCUCGCCUGGGCUGGUCGUGGUGUCGCCCCACGUGCGGGCCACGCAGACCGCCCUGAGCUCCGAGGAGGGAAGAGCGGCGCAGGCACAGCCUCUCGAGGGCCUCGGAGGCGGCCAGACAGUUCUUUCUUUGCUUGUACUGAUGAUGAGAUUGGCGCCGCUGCGCCCGCUGGACAAGGUUGUCUUCCUUGUCUGUGCUGCGUGGCUGACGCCGGUCCGCUCAUUCGACCUUGGACGCGGCUGUGAGGUGCGAGGCUCUAUCUUUGAGAUCUGCACGAUGGCUGACACUCUCACUUAUGCUGACCAGGCGCAGAUCAUGGCCUCUAUGAAAAUACCACCGGCAUGGUCGCCCGAAUGGAGUUCGCGCUAUCCUUUCCGACGAUGGCUCAGAGAUGUUACGCUGUGGAGUAUAGCAACGGAGGUCCCAGAAACUGCUCAGGGUGCUGCUGUGGUGUUGCGUCUUGGAGGUGCCGCGAGAGAGUUCGCAGAUGAGUUGGAUGCGCAGAUUCUACAGCAGGGGCAGGUACUGGACUUACAGGAUGGACUAGGGCCCCGCCAGGUGACUGGCCUGGCUGUAUUGCUACGGGCCCUUGCUCGCAACUAUGCUCUGGAAGCUGGAGAGGAUGCGAUCAGGGCCAUGGCGGAGAUGAUGGCGUUCUCGGUUCAACAGUACGAGACCAUCGACGUGGUUCUGAAUAGAUUCCAGGUGCUCAAGUCUCGUGCGAUCGAUCAUGGAUUGAAUCCUGGACCCGCUGGCUGGGCCUGGAUGCUCAUGACGGGCUUGCGAGUGCAACCAGAUGAGUGGCUACACUUACUUGGUAUGUUCGACAACAGACAUUUCAUGACAAAGGAUGUGGGCCAGGGUUUCUUCCCGACGUUUGGCGAGGUUAACCAGUGGGGAGGCGCUCGCACUUUCGUCACUCAUGAAGACGGUCGCGGCUACGACGGUGGCGGAGGUGGAUACGGCGGGGCCCCCAAUGGCAGCGCUGGUGGAGGCUGGUUCGCUACGGCGGUUGACGUGCACAAGCACGGUCAGCUCGCGCUGGAGGAUGAGACGUUCGAUGGCUACGAGGACUACUCUGAUGACUGGUGCGAUUACGACGGGGAUGAUGAUUGCUACGACGACGAAGGUUUGCCCAAGGGCAAGAACCGCAAGGGCAUGGGCAAACGGGACACAGGCAAGGGCCUAGAUCGACAGCGCGGUGGAUCUCAUGCUCAGACUAUGCAGCUGAGCAGCAUAUUGAGUUCGAAGAUUGACAAGCGCAAGAUCCAGGCUGACGAGGAGGCCGCCCUGAUUGUCAAGCGCGCAGCUGCAGUGGUCGAGUUCAAGAAGAUGGAUGGGCCGAUUGGAGUGGAGGGUGUUGGCAACAAUGCUGAUGCCUGUAUCAAUCGAGGUCGGGUUCCUCUUGCGCUUGCUGGCGGUGAAGAAGGUAGCUACGACGCUCCCAUUGUACCGAACUCUUCAGUGCCGGCUUUGCUGGGUAACAAGGCCCUGCGUCGCAAUCGAGCCACUGUGGACUGCUUCAACGGCAUCUUGUACUUCAUCGGCCCUGGUGACCACCAGCUUCUGCCCCCUCCAGGCUCAAAGGAAUCUCAGCUGGAGCUUUCGCAGUCAGGUCAUUGGAUGCUGCCAGUGACGGAGUUCGAGGACCAGAACAUCGGCCAGGUCAGCGCGAGCUCCAGGCCGAAGUUGCACAAUACCAGGUUGGGUCUGCGGAUGCGGUCCGCAGUGAUGGCGAGCCUGCUGAGUCUGAGCUUUCAACCUCGACUUCGGCGGCCUGGUCACGAGGUGUUCCUGGAGUCCGUGAGCUUCCGUCCUCCGGUGAUAUCGGAGUUUGCGUUGAAGCCGAUAGUUGGACUCAGUGGACGACCCCUGGAGACGGUGCCAGAGUCUGUUGCAGCAACCAGCGGUGCUAAGGUCCGACAGAACUACCCGACGGAGGCUCGCAUCGAGCAAAAGCAGCGCGAGGCUCAAUUCGGCAAGAAGACUCUUCCCAAGAAGAUGGACGACUACGAGAAGCAUUGGGGUGAUUGUGGCGAUGAUCUCAGUUCAAUUUUAGUGGAUGGUCCAGAUCUGUGGCGUGAUGACUACAGCUAUGAUGCAUACCGCGUCGCCUGCGUUGACGAUGAGGAAGUCGACUUGCAGGCCUUGGAGCAUGACGAGGAGGAUCUCGCCUCGCUUCGUCCUGCCCUCAUAUUUCUCCUCGGCCAAGGUUCUGAACAUCAGCCUUGGAGGUUCGUGGAUUGUUCUGAGCAGGUCUACUACUACGACGAUCCGAAGGCGUUGUAUUUGGACUGGGUGCUGCCUGCAGAUGAGCACUACUACUGCGACGUGUUGGAGAUCUGCGGCGGUCAGGAUGCCUUGCGGGAGCAGUUCGGUCAGACCCUCGACACCUUGAUGACCCACGAUGUCGCUGGAAGUGGGUGGAGACGCGGGGUAGCGCCGUUGCCCGGGCUCUUGCUGGCCCAUCUACUGCGGCUCCGAGAGGCAGGUCUGCUUCUGGCGUUGCGCCUGCUCGAGCCGCUGGAGCACGCGUGCCUGCCCAUCGCGACUCGACCGCUGACGAUCCUGGUGGCGGCGACCUGUCGCCCCUGGAGGCCGCUGCUGCGGCAGCUUCGUCAUCCUCAGCGUCUGCCUCAGCACCUGUUGUGCCUGUGCCGGCGGCCCCAGCACCUGAUGCGGCACCAGAGGUGGCGGCCGCGCCGCCGCCGCCGCCGCCUGCGCGACCUCCAGGAGUGGAUGCUGCGGUGGGAGCAGGUCCACCGCUGGAUGAUCCUACCAGAGCGCGGCCACCUGCUGCUCAGCGGAGAGCCCGUGCAGCCAGGUCGGAGGUUGGAGUUCAAGCGAAUGCCGAAGGUGCUGACUGGUCUGACUGGCAAACGGCCUAUAGCCACCAGCAGGGUGAUCACCGACUUCAAUCAAGACGUGCAGAUCGACCUGCUGUUCUGGAAGACGAAGAUUGUGAUGCACAUGUUGGGCACUCUUGUGCGUUUCUCGGUCGCGGCCAUCAUCCCGGACCGCAACACGGGCACCAUCAUCGGUGCCGUCACGCAUUACUGGUUCAGGUUGUUUGGAGCCCCGGCUGUUCUCACCUCGGAUCGCGAAGGGGCUCUCGACAGCGACGAGGUUGUGUUUGGUCGCACUAUUCCGAUGCUCACGGAUUUAGAACCCGCUUCUGCCACAGCGUUGGAGGACCAGGACGACGGCAUCGACGGCAUUUCUCGCCACAUACAUCGGCUACGCGAGGUGGCUAUCGCGGCGGUGGUCGGGGCCUCUGCGCAGCAGCGAAUGGAUCGUGCACUCCAGUCUCGCACUCGCCCAGCUGGUGAGUGUCAAAACUUGCAGCUGGGCGACCUGGUCGACAUCUGGCGCGACCUGCCCGACAAGGAUGUUUCGGGCUGGCCAGGCCCGGCCACAGUGGUGAACGUCAAUCGCAUGCAGGAAGGCGUGGUUGACGCGCAGUGGCAGUCGCGGACGCUCAGUUGCCGAUUGGCUGAUACACGACACUCUCUCCGCAUGGAUGUGAUGGUUGCCGCAGAACACUACAGGCAGCACUGGGAGUUGCCCUUGACUUUGGUGCCGGAGUUCGCCGAGAGCAUCGAGAAGGGAUCAGUAAUUUUGGCGUGUGUGAACACUUCGACGGGCUGGAAGUUGUCUAGACACUGCGCCAAGUAUCCCAUCAUUUUUCACGCGAUGCUGCACGCUGCGUCGUGUGAUCUCAGAUUGCAAGGCUGCAAUGGUGGCCGUCCGGGUCACGGUGCCAAGGAUCUCGAGUGCAUGCCUUGUGUCGACGAGACGCUGUUUAUCUUCUGGAAGGCAGAGCGCAUGACCAAGAAGGAUGCUGAUAAUCGAAUCGACUCUGGCCGGGUCAUCAAGUGGAAGAUCAUCAAGGGCAGCCGCGACGUGAAGGGGCGCUUGACCGCGCGCGGCUUCAAAGAUCGGCAGAAGAACGAGAAGCAUGGCUGGACCCUGUGGUCGCUCGACGUCUCGAUGACGUUCUUGCGCGGCAAGACGUUCGAGGAGCUCGCCGAAACGUUCGGUUUCAAUAUUCCUCCCGAUGGCGCAGCUCUGCUGAAGCAGAUCGAGGGCUUCGAGGACUUCAAUGAGGUUACGGAAACCCUGAAUAUGAAGAAGCCAGGUUUCGGUACGAACGACGCUCCGUGGGCUUGGCAAGUGGACCUGUCGGACACUCUCAAGGAGUUGGGUUUCUUCCCGACCGAAGCUGACCGGCAGUUGUGGCUGAUGUUCGGCAAUGCAGUGCUGGUCGCAGUUCUUGGUACGCAUGUGGAUGACUUGAAAGGUGCUUGCUGUGAUGAGACGCGUGAGUGGAUAUUCGCCAAAUUUCGUGAGAAGUAUGAAGACGUGACAGUGAAUCUGGCUCCAUUCGAAUGUGUAGGUAUUCGGCAUUCCCAGGAUGAGGUGAGCAAAGCGAUCACGAUCGACCAGAAUCACUACGUUUCCCAACUUCGUCCGAUCAGCAGCACUCUUCUUACUGGUAAGUCUGAUGAAGAAUUGGUGGAUAGCACGCUGCAGGGCCUGUACGGGCACAGUCAGAAGGUCACGGUUGGUGACAUCAAAGGUCUCAAUACCCUUCUGAAAUGGACCAAGAGGAAGCCCUGCAGUAUCAAGUAUGCGCGGCUGGGCACGGCGACGAAGGUGCCGUUCGUCGCCCACGAGGGGUGCCGGGAGAUCACGGGCGUGCACGUGUGCGACCGGAGGCGGCCCGUCUCGGAGCUCCGCUGCGACUUCCCCAUGGUGGAGAGGGAGCCGCUGCCUCGGCUGGCCGAGCGCGGCUACGACUUCCUCCUGUGGCUCAGGGACCGCCCUGAGAGCGAGGGCCGUGGUUGGCGUGCCGCCCUCUCGGGGCCCAUGGAGACCCAGAACCGGCCAGCCCCUGGCUCCAGGCAGACAUCAUGCGAGCGAGUAGGUCGCCGAACGCACCCUGGCGUCCUUGCGGUGUCAACUUGA